AUGCGUUUUUACAAGCAUUUUUCUGAUGUUAUUUUGAGUCCUCUCCCACUGAGGGCUUCCUUGAUCCAGACUCAUUUUGAUCUUUCUCAGGUCCAAGACAACCUGAUCCAAAUAGUUGAUUCCCUGUCCAAGUGCAUGCAGUGGGCAGAGGGCUUUCUGCUGGUCUACUCCAUCACAGACUACGACAGCUACCAGUCCAUCUGCCCCCUUUACCACCACAUCCGGAAGGUCCACCCUGACUCUAGGGCCCCUGUCAUCAUCGUGGGCAACAAGGGAGACCUUCUCCAUGCCCGUCAGGUGCAAACGCAUGAUGGCAUUCAACUGGCCAAUGAACUGGGCAGCCUGUUCCUUGAAAUUUCCACCAGUGAAAACUAUGAGGAUGUCUGUGAUGUGUUUCAGCAUCUCUGUAAAGAGGUGAGCAAGCUGCACAGCCUCAGCGGGGAGAGGAGGAGGGCCUCCAUCAUUCCCCGGCCGCGCUCUCCCAACAUGCAAGACCUCAAGAGGCGCUUCAAACAGGCUCUGUCUUCCAAAGUGAAAUCCCCCUCUGCACUGGGGUAAACCCAUCUCACACCAACUUGCCUCCUUUUUACUGUGCAUUUGUGCAGCUGAAAAGGACAGAGCACCUCCCUUUUUAAUUGCACAUUCAAAGUUUAUUUUUAUACAGACUAUUGGUUUCCAAGUAUACAUGUAUUUCUGAAAACCCAGUGAUUGCCUAGAAGUUGGUAGAGAUUUUUUU